GACGUAUGCAACUCUUUCGUUGUGCUUAGUCGAUAUCGAUCUGACAUGGUGGAAGGACGGUGACCAGCCCGCAGUUAGUGAGGACGUCGAGAUGCUACUCAUUCAAGCUUGGAAGACGGACACAGAGGGGGAUUUUCUAGGAUUCGUCUUCGGAUCAGUCGAGCCGGGCCAUCGACGGACGAUCGUAAGUGAGCUGUUGAUCCUCCAGACUGAGCUGCUAGACGAUCUUCCGCUUGACGUCAUCUCGCACUCUGGCAAGAGUCCAGUACCACACAUCCUCUCGCGCAGCCUGGUACCGUAUCUGCAAUGGUCAACAUGCCUAGAAGGCGAUGAUGAUAACGCUUGUUACCCAUCGCUCAGCUACCUGGAUCCCGGGACCAGUGCGGACGCUCUCUUCAACCUGGUGAGCGGAGGAGAGGAGGAGGAAGAGGAAGAAGACGAGGGAGAGACCUCCGAAGAAGACGAGGGAGAGACCUCUGAAGAAGACGAGGAUGAGACCUCCGAAGAGGACGAGGAUUAUAGUGAGCAUAGUGAGCAUGAGGCGGGGGUGGUGAGCGAAGAAGAAGAAGAAGAGCAGGAGGAGGCCGAAGAAGAAGCGGUCGGAGAAGAGGAAGCGGAUCAGGCGGAAGCCCAGGAAGAGGAUCCAGAGGUAGAGCGGCGCAGGGCGGCCAUCGGGGAAGGAAAGCGGCCAUUGGAGCUGUCGGUGGGAGCUGAUCUGCCUGUUCCGGACGACCCGACUAAAGAUCCUGAGCUGCCAGCCAAGGAAGAUGAGCACCCUCAUGCAGAGACUUCUGGCACGGCGACGCGCAGGCGAUCCCGCACCCCCUCCCCUUCCCCCCGUGCCUCAGUUCGAGCUUGUGGCAAUGCGGGACAUCGGGCUACGUCCCCAUUCCCUAUCCCGUCAUCCCCUUGAUUACAUCACCUUCCGACAGAUCAAUACUCCACGCUCCUUCCCCUCGAAUCCU